AUGGACUCUACAGUCUUGUCACCGCCGCUUACCACGCAUCAGAAAACAAAGCGCACUCAGCGUCGCAAAAGAUCAACUCGAGCUUGUCUGUCAUGCAGGUUUAGAAAGGUCCGCUGCGAUGUCUCCGUUCGCGGCCAGCCAUGCACCAAUUGCCACCUCGACUGCAAGAAUUGUCUGGUAGUUGGACGCGCUUCCAGGCUAAAUCAGCAGGUACCAAGGAACGAGUCAAACUGGUCGCCCGAGGAUGAUUAUCAAGAGGACGACCGGCAGCUGUCGGAGCAUCGGGAAGACGAUGACGUUCAUGAGAGCAGUAACUCCAAUGGCGUCGAAGCUGCUCCCACAGCCACUGAGGCGCUCGAUGAACACCCUGGGUUAUCCUUUCACACGCCCAGUAUCGACCCUGGGAUGUUGACAUUCAGUGACACUAUCGACGACGCGGCCUUCUUUGAAAAUCGCCUCGGAGACAGCGAGACAGAGACCGCAGAGUUCCACUCGACAUCAUCAAGAUAUGAUGGCGGUCCGACCAUCGCAGGUAAAAAGCUCAUCCUCAUUAUUCACUUCACGGUAUCUAACCAGAUUCAAACAGAAACAAGCGCAUCGGAACAAGAGUCCAUAUAUAGUCAUAAGAUGACGGGCUCUAGGAUUCUACCAGCUCAGUCGGCGUCACAGAGGACCAACACCAGUACCACGGUGCUCUUUAUUCAUUACCCGUAUCUGAAAAUUCACAACAUGCACAUGAUUGCUCAACAAGAUCUCAAUUACAUGGAGGCUCAGGGAUGUUUACACAUUCCAAGUCGGCCGAUACUCGACAACUUUGUGGAGCAAUACUUCAGACACCAGCAUCCUCUCCUUCCACUCCUCAAUGAAGGUGAUUUCUGGGAAAUGUACUCCCAGAGGGAGUCUACGGGUCCACAGCCCACCAUAUCACUGCUGGUGUUUCAGGCUAUGCUCUUUGCCAGUUGUAACUUUGUGUCUCUUCACAUCAUUAAGCAACUUGGUUACUCGAGUCUUAGAACUGCUCGAGCAGAAUUCUACAGACGAACAAAGGUUGGUGUUCGAAUAACCCAAUGGUCCGCCGCCGAAUUAACUAAAGACUUGCAGCUAUUGUACGAUCUAGGUUCGGAAACAUCGUCCCUGCCUCUAGCUCAGGCAGCUCUUCUCAUGAUGGGCUGGGUACCACCUUCAAACACGACCUUAAACCCCUACAAGACUUGGCUGAGCUUGGCUAUCCAGCACGCCAGAAGUAUCAACGCGGACCGGUACACAGAAGUGCCAGAGCUAAUAGAGAUGACAUCCACGCAACAACGGAAAUACCAAAACUCUCUCCAUCGCUUAUGGUGGUGCUGUGUCAUCAUGGACCGUAUCUCGCCGCUCUGCACGCGCUUUAGCCUCAAUAUUACACACGACCGAUUUGAUUUUAGGAAUACGAUCCCUCUGGGCGCCGAACACCUUCAGGACGACAUAUAUCGUUCAAGUGUAUUCACUCCAGCUACUAAACGGCGACAAAUCAGCAUUUUCUCAAAACUUCUUGAACUGAUGAUUCUUUUGACUGACGUACUGACCCUGACGUACCCGUUCGAGGAUUCUGUCAAAUCGAAGUCGCGAUUUUCAGAGGGCGAAGACCUCGCCUUUGAGAAAUGCGAGGCUGCCUUGAAGGCCUGGUAUGUGAGGGUCUCGGCUCAGUUCCCUCCCUUCGAGAAUGCGCACCAAGACUCGUGUGGAAGAGACAAUGAUCAGGAAAAGUCUAUUGUGCUGCAGACGAAUCUCAUGUAUAUCUACUAUCACACUGCAUCUAUUGCACUCUGUCAUUCCAAGAUACUGCGGCAGUCUCUCACAUCCGAAUCCAAUAGUGAAGAUAUGACAAGACCAGGGCGGAGUUUAAAGCUCCAGCAAAGCUCAUUUGAGGUGCAAGAUGCUGCUCAGAAGAUUACAGCAUGCUAUGAAGAGCUAACCCGACGUCGCUUGGCCCGCUGGCUUCCGGUAUCAGCCCUUGCUUGUCUAGCUACACCAUUGACGCUUCAUACCAUUACCGCGCGAUUGUCAUCGCUUAGUAACCAACUAUCAUGCAACGAAUCGGUGGAAGCCGGGUCAGCUCCAGCAUCAAAUCACGAUCGACUGAAAGCACUGGUCGAGACAAUGAACGUUUUCUUUCCCCAGUACUAUGGUGUAGAGUGGGUGAGGCAAACAGUUCGACACGUCGCCAAUUUAGCCCAGAUUGACAGCCAGUGUCUAUUCAAGGCCAGUGGCAAUUCUUUGACAGAUUGGAGUCAGAUUCUGAGGAGCCAGCCGAAUAUGUAUCUGAGAAUGAUCUGGACAGUCGAUGUUUGCAUCAGCAAAGGUAGGCAUCCGGAAGAAUUUGACUUUCCAGCGUGGCUGCGCUGCUUGUUGAAGAGGAGCAAAGGAUCAAGGAUCAGACCGAAUCGACAGUCAUAUACGACUGAACAAGCGACUGACCAGGCAGGCCUCGUCGACGACGAACUACUAGCCUUUAUUACUGAUCCCAAGCUGUCUGCUGCCGAGGAGGAUAUCUUUGGGGAACAAUUGCUGGAAAUGUUUAACCCGCAGAAGCCUUAUGAUCAACAGAGUCGGAACGGACUUGUUGAUUGUGGAACAUCUCAAGGGGCAGUGGGUGGGAUGGAUUGGGACCUGGUCGAAGCAAUGCAUGAUGUAACAGAGAACAUGCUGGAUCGGCUGGGGCCAGACUUCAGGGCUUGA